GGAUAUUUAAUCAGAGGCUAUCCCCAGUGCAAGCAUUGCUUGCUUUCCAGCAGCCACCAACACCCAGAACCACCUCUUCUGCCCUGAGAUGCAGGGCAUCCUCCACUACCUUUGCAGAGCAAGGAGGGUGCCUGGCACAUCAGGCCGUGCCCCGAAGCAAUCUCCCCUCUGCCAUGGGGGCUGCCACGCAACGUGGGGGCCACCUCACUCCUCUCUUUGCCCCUUCCUCACCUCUCCCAGUCCUGAGAGGCUGGGGGGUGUCAGAGGGGAGGCCUCAGCCCUGUCCCCUGCCCUCCCCGCACCGCCAAGAGGUGGCUGCGGCAUGGAAGAGCCGAGCCCUACAGAACCGGGGGACCAGCCGAGGGGGCGGUGGCGGGCCGUGGUGCGUUCGGGUCGGCAGGGGCGGGGGGCAGAGGAGUGGGCGGGCCUAGGGCGGGGGGAGGGCCGGGCUUUCCCGUUGCCAGGUGAGCGCCCGGGCUGCACCGCCCCUCUGAAAGCGCGCAGCGACGCGGAGCGCACGGAGGCAGGGAGGCAGGCAGGCAGGCGGCGCCGCCGCCGCCGCUCGGAUCGGCACUUCUCGGCGCGGCUUGGUGCACCCCAGGCCCCUCCGGCCCCCGGCUCCGCCGCUGCUAUGGCGAAAGCGGGCAGGAAGGGAUGCAGCUGCCCGGGCUUCCUGAGGAAGAACUGGCUCCUGCUCAGCACGGUGGCCGCCGUGCUGUUGGGUAUUGGAGUUGGCAUGCUGGUACGGGAAUAUGGCAAGCUGUCUAACCUGGAUAAAUUCUACUUCUCGUUUCCUGGGGAGGUGCUGAUGAGAAUGCUCAAACUCAUCAUUCUGCCAUUAAUCAUAUCAAGUAUGAUCACAGGUGUUGCUGCUUUGGAUUCCAGUGUUUCUGGGAAGAUUGGUUUGCGAGCAGUCAUAUAUUAUUUCUGCACUACAGUCAUUGCCGUAAUACUAGGGAUUGUCUUAGUUGUGACUAUUAAACCUGGAGUGCCUCAAACAGCAGAUGAAAUUGACAGAGUGGGCAGCACCCCAGAAGUCAGUACUGUUGAUGCCAUGCUGGAUCUGAUCAGGAAUAUGUUCCCAGAAAACCUUGUCCAGGCCUGUUUUCAACAGUAUAAAACCAAACGUGAAAAAGUGGAAGUUACAACUGGCGUGAAUAAAAAUAGCUCCAUAUUUACAGAAGAAUCUGUUACGUCUGCUACGACAGCAGAGGUUUCAGAGAACAAAACCCAAGAAUACAAGAUCGUGGGCAUGUAUUCUGAUGGCAUCAAUGUGCUUGGGUUGAUCGUCUUUUGUCUUGUUUUUGGAAUGGUUAUUGGGAAAAUGGGAGAGAAAGGCCAAGUGCUGGUGGAUUUUUUCAAUGCACUGAAUGAAGCUACAAUGAGAAUAGUUCAGAUAAUUAUGUGGUAUAUGCCAAUUGGUAUUGUGUUUUUAAUUGCUGGGAAGAUAAUAGAAGUUGAGGACUGGGAAAUCUUUCGUAAACUGGGUCUUUAUAUGGCUACAGUGUUAAGUGGACUUGCAAUCCAUUCCACUGUAAUUCUGCCACUGAUCUACUUAAUAAUAGUAAGGAAAAAUCCUUUUCGUUUUGCCAUGGGGAUGGCUCAGGCACUUCUGACAGCCCUCAUGAUUUCUUCCAGUUCAGCAACUUUGCCUGUCACCUUCCGCUGUGCAGAAGAAAAAAACUUCAUUGAUAAAAGAAUUACCAGGUUUGUACUUCCAGUUGGAGCUACCAUCAACAUGGAUGGCACAGCUCUCUAUGAAGCAGUAGCAGCUGUAUUUAUUGCACAACUGAAUGACUUGGAACUGGAUAUUGGCCAAAUAGUUACCAUUAGUGUCACAGCUACAGCAGCCAGCAUUGGAGCUGCUGGUGUCCCCCAAGCCGGACUUGUCACCAUGGUGAUUGUACUGAGCGCUGUUGGCCUGCCAGCCGAAGAUGUUACUCUGAUCAUUGCUGUUGACUGGCUUCUGUAA